AUGGCUUUUCUGCCUCGUAUAAUGCAGGCUAAGAAGACUGUAAGCAGGUCUGUUUCUGGUCUUGCUAAAAGUGUUCCAAAAGGCUAUUUUGCAGUAUAUGUUGGAGAGGAACAGAAGAAGCGAUUUGUGGUACCCAUAUCAUACCUGAAUGAGCCUUCCUUUCAAGAACUGCUAAGUAAGGCAGAGGAAGAAUUUGGGUUUGAUCAUCCAAUGGGUGGUCUCACAAUUCCUUGCAGAGAAGACAUCUUCAUCAAUCUCACUUCAUGCUUAAAUGCAUUUUAGUGCAGGGCGCACUAAGCUUGAUCAAACUAGACACAUUUCUUCUCUGUGGCAGAAGGA